CCUGGUUGGUGAACAUUUACAAUGUCAUGGCGAGAAACAACAUGACCUGUCUUUGGAUAUGUGUUAUGCUCUUCUGUGUAUGUGUGGCUAAGGAAACAUUAUCUCCUUGGAGAAACAUUACUUGGGAUGCUCUCAAAGAUGAAUAUAAAUUCACUAAGCAAAUCGAUUGGUGGACCGCCGUAAAUUCAGGAUGUGACGACGUUGGUGUACUUCUUGCACGAGGUCAUAUUUCACAAACACUUAAAAGGAAAAUGGUGAGACGUCAACGUUACUGGGUUGGUGCUCUGGAAGUGUAUACGCCAUGGAAAUGGACAGAGGAUAACACCACACUAUUAACGCUAAAAGGAUCACUGGACGUUUCGCUUAUCACAGAUCGGAAUUAUACAUUAUACGCCAAUGAACCGUAUCUCUGUUACGAGACAUGCGAUGACGGACCAGUUGGUUUACAGGGACAAUAUUGCUAUUGUUUAGACGAAACGGUCAAUGUCUCCACGCAUGUUAAAGAAAUUCGAUGUCCCGGGUCAUUUAACCAGUACUGUGGAAGUGAAUUGAAAGUGUCAGUCUAUGAUAUUGAUAUACCAGGACGCGUUUCAUUCACUCCUAGCACCGAUGCGAACUGUGGUUACGUAUAUUAUGACUAUGGAUACGAUGACAACAUGUUAGACCUGAGUUUGGGUGACUGUAACACAAAAAAAUAUUAUGCAUGCCCAGGAUACGACUUUUACUUCUACAUCACCAAGUACAACUACGUCUACAUCACCAACUACAACCAAGCCUACAACAAGAACGCAUCGUCUGCCCGCAACAACGAGUAG